AUGGCUCGAGGAGGGAUUGACAGGUUCGGAUACAGCUCCUCAUCGGAAUCUGAGGACGAAAAGCCUCGUAAACCCAAACCUCCACCAAACAAUGCUGCCCAGAAGAACAAAAAGAAGCUUCCACCUCAACAGAGUAUCAACAAGAUAUGGAGACAUUUCACUACCAAGAAAGCCACCAAGGCACUCUCCAUUCUACCCUUCGACCCCGUCCCCUCGCCGACGGCGGACCGAAAGAACGAGCUUUUGUCUGUGGGCUACGAACGAGCAGUAGAAGAAUGUCGACAGAGAGUCAGAAGGAUUAUACAGGAGUGCAAGAGAGUUAACAUGAGGUACAGAGACCCUGGCUUUGAUCUCGAUUGGGAUCUGAAGAUGCUUCAGGGCCAUUGUCUCAACUACCUCGGAUCGAACAAGUUCGACUUGUGCGGGCCUCGCCUCAGUUUUAAUAUGUCGGUUCCCAAGGCCGUGAAGCGAGUCCACGAGAUCUUCGACAGACCCACCUUCCUGAAAAAUGUGAAUGGGGGCGAUAUCAAACAGGGAAAUCUCGGGAACUGCUGGUUGAUCGCGGGCUUGAGUGCGCUCGGGAAUGUCGAAGACGGCAUCAAGAGACUCUGCGUGGAAUCUGAUACGCAGAUUGGUAUAUAUGGUUUUGUGUUCUAUCGCGAUGGGGAAUGGGUGUAUUCCAUCAUCGAUGAUAAGCUGUACCUCACGUCGCCGUGCUUUGACUCGCCAUCUAUGCAUCGUGAUCUGCUCCAGCAGGUCGAUGAUCCUGAUGAUAUCGAGGAGAAGUAUCGCCAAACGUAUCAGACGGGUUCCAAGGCGCUCUUCUUCGGGCAAAAUAAAGACCAGAACGAGACGUGGGUUCCUCUUGUGGAAAAGGCGUACGCCAAGGUGCACGGUGACUUCGCAUCUCUGACUGGCGGGUGGACCGGCGAGGGAGUUGAGGACCUGAGUGGUGGUGUUACCACCGAGCUUCUAGCUAGUGACAUUCUUGAUCUUGACGGAUUCUGGGAGAAUGAGCUAUGUAAAGUAAACAAAGAGUUCCUCUUCGGGUGCUCCACUGGCCUGCUUGAUGGCGGCUACGGUGAAAGACGUGGAAUCAGAGAAGGGCAUGCAUAUGUCGUUAUGGAUGUGAGGACGCUGAAAAAUGGCGAGCGUCUGGUCAAGCUGCGGAACCCAUGGGGCAAAUUGAAAAAAGGCAUCUGGGAAGGAGCCUGGAGUGAUGGUUCGAAGGAGUGGACCAACGACGUCAAAGACGAGCUAGGCCACACAUUUGGCAGCGACUCCGUCUUUUGGAUCCGAUACGAGGACAUGAUUCGAAAGUAUCAACACUUCGACCGGACCCGCCUCUUCCGCGAGUCCGACUGGCGAUGUUGCCAACGUUGGAUUGGGGUCGAGGUACCGUGGAAAGCUCAGUGGAACGAGAAAUUCCAUAUGACUUUGACCAAAGAGUCGCCUUUGGUCUUAGUCUUGCAGCAACUUGACAACAGGUACUACAAGGGUUUGCACGGUCAAUACAGCUUCCGCCUGCAUUUCCGGCUUCACGAACAAGGCAGGCCAGACGCGGAAGACUACAUUGCAAGCCGAUCUCUUCAAAACCGUUGGAUGAGAUCUCACGGCAACUACCUAAUGGAUCGGGCAGUCUCAAUUGAGCUUCCAAGUAUGGGGCCAGGCCACUACUCCGUGUUCGUCAAGGUGGUUGGUGAGCGAGACACAGAUUAUCCGUCCAUUGAAAGUGUCGUGCAAAGGGAAUGCAAGAAACGCUCUGAGAAUGAGAAGCUCGCCCAGGUUGGGUAUGCUUAUGAUCUUGCUCAUAGCAAGGGGGUUGCGCACCUCGAACACGUGGCAAAGCUGCGUAAAGAGACCGAUCGGAAGAAGGCCAGUACCUCGCGUAAACAGGAGCGCCGCAGAGGCUGGGAGAAACGACACAAAACCCGCGAGAUUCAGAAGAAGCAGCAAAAGAAGAACAAGGAAAAGGGUGAUCGCCGCCGAGAAACGGAAGAGGCCGAGCGUAAAAAGAAGGAGGAGGCCGAGGCCGCGGAGCGUAAGGUGAAAGAAGCAGCUGAGGAAGCAGAGCGCAAAAAGAACGAAGAAGAGCAGCCCAAGGAUCAAACGAUCCUGACAGACAAGUCCGAAGCCAAAAGUGGCGAAGACAAGAGUGUCCAGACCAACACUCCCCAGGCACCCGAUAAACAGGUCUCAAGUGACGGCACAGAUGCCGAAUCUGCUGCCAACCCUGACACUUCCGGUUCCCCUCAAAACACCCCAAGCAGCGAGGCUUCACAGCCAGUCUCCGAUGAAAAGGGAGGUUCCAAAGAGAAGGACGCCGACGAAGCCCCGGUCUCCGGCGGACCAUCCCCACCACCCCCACCGCCUCCCCAGGUGACGGACAGCAAGCAGAAAAACAGUUGUGUAUCCGAAAGCGACUCCUCCGACAGCCCCGUCGAGGACUGGGAGGAGCUUUACAGAUCCGAUGACAUGUCGAAGAAGCCUCGACUGGCCCCCGCGCCAGCCCCGGCUCCACCCCUGGACAAGUUAACCGACACGGACGACGAGGCCGGACUCCCGGAUCCGUGGAAUGCCAUCUGCAUCGUCGGGUUCCGCGUCUAUUCCAAAGAUGAAGAUCUCGACCUCCGCAUCGUCAUCGAGGGAGGCGAGCUGGCUGAGGGUGGAAUGGGCGAGAAGGGCGCGCAGGAUAUAGAUAAUGCGCAGGCUAACGCGGGCGGGGAGCGGAAGAAGGAUACGGAGACGGGGAAGGUGAAGGAUAAGGUGGAGAUUGUGGAUGGGGUUGUGGUGCAUACGACGAGAAUGGUUAAUAUGGAUGAGGAGAAGAAGGAUAUGGAUGAGAAUGAGAAUACCGCCGAGGAUGGCAAGGGCGAAGAUGCGAAGAACGAGGACGAACCGAAAGAAUCGGAUGAUGAGAAGACGGAGACGCAGAAUGAUGGCCAGGACUGCGAUGCCAGGUCCGAUACGACAGAUUCAACGGAUUCGAAUCCGGUGCCAACCCCGGAUUCUAUGUCGGGCGACUGUACGCCCCAACGGCGGCCUGACUUUCCGUUUCGGAAGUGA